AUGGUGCCCGCGCAGGAAGACUCUGACCUCGCCUCAGAGGAAAGCAACCGGGACGAACCUCAGUAUACUGCCAAGCAGGGAGACACUAACAAAACCCCGCCACCCGCAGACUGGAGACAAACGUCCAGGAGAGCAAUACCUGAAACUCACCCAGACCUUACACCUGCCAGCAAAGCUUACAUACAAAAUAUGCUGGCCGAGAUUAAGGCCUUCUUCACAGCUGAUACUGCGCUGUGGAGAAAGGAUAUGGGGGUCAUGACAGCCCGGUUGAGGAUGCUGGAAGAGGCUGGUGACACCACCAGAGGCAAACAAGAUGACCUGAAAGCUGAGGUGGGCAAGCUGAAGCAGGCCAACCUCACUAUGGAGAGCAGACUAGCUGUCUUAGAGGACUCCAAGCGGCAACAAAACCUGCGAGUCCGAGGUGUCCCUGAAGACGCUGCUGAAGCUGAGAUACCACACUACUUUCGUAGGCUGAUUAGUUCUAUGCUCCCACAACCCAAGGCCAAAGCCAUACACCUGGCAUACAACUAA